GCCUCCGGCAGAUGCGAUCGAUAGCUACUUUGGUGUUCCGCAUAUAGAAUGUAGGACCCGGCCAGUUGCCAAAAAAACGUACUCUAGUUUAACCAGUGACACUUUCGAACGCAUAUGCAAAUUACAGUCACUUCGGCCGGCUAAAAUUUGCUUUCACUGAUGAUGGAUUUUAAAGUUUUCAAAAAUUUAGUCGACGGCCUGAACUGUAACUGUAAGUCAAUGGUGUGCGUUUCGCAGUGCCUUUUUCACUUUUGCUAAAAUUAAACACAGUGUGUGCCUAUGCGGAGGUUUGUCAGUUUGUCAAUCGCCUUUCACCAUUAACUAAAGCAUAAAGGAAUAUGCCUGUGUCCUUAGUCGAGUGUCUGAUAUACUGGAGAGAUCCGAAAAAAUCCGUACCCGUUUUCGGAGGAGUUCUCUUGGUGUUAUUGGCUCUCACAUACGUAUCUCUCAUCAGUGUGGUUGCCUACGCCUCUUUGCUCGCUCUAACUGGCACCGUAGCGUUUAGGAUCUACAAGAACAUCAUUCAAGCAGUUCAAAAAACUGGCGAUGGCCAUCCAUUCAAGGAAUACCUGGACAUGGACGUUUCGUUGUCCCCGCAAAAAGCCCAAGAAGUUUCUCAAAUUGCGGUCGCGCACGUAAAUGCUGCCAUCAGCGAGCUUAGGAGGCUCUUUCUAGUCGAGGAUUUGGUAGACUCUUUCAAGUUUGGGGUGUUCUUAUGGGUGCUCACUUACUUGGGCUCAUGGUUCAAUGGCAUGACUUUGGUGAUUAUCGCGUGGGUCACAUUGUUCACCCUGCCGAAGGUUUAUGAGGCAAAUCAAGUCCAAAUUGAUACCAAUCUCGAAAUAGUACGAAUAAAAAUUGCUGAAAUUACUACCAAAGUGAAAGCGGCGAUUCCAAUUGGAAAGAAGGGCGAGAAAGUGGAGUAAAUCGACAGUUUUCUAACAUCUAUAGCUGCAUUAUUGUACGUUAAUUAAGACAAAAGAAACAUAUGCCAAACAAAAACAUCCGGAUGUUAUUGUUUGGAGCAAACAUUCAAGAUGUACCUAUCUAUCAUCAGUUCAGGUAGCCCACUAGUCAUGUGGCUUGGUAGAUUUAAUGGCGUUUGAAAAUUUCGAUAUACUUUAGAGAUUAAUUAUAAUUAUUGUAAUGCAAGAAUAUUGAUAGAUGUUUAAUGGGACAUAACCGUAAUGCAUGUGCUGUUGAUAUUAUUAGUGUUAUACUCUCUUACGAGGUUAUUUGUGCAAGUUUGUUGCCGUUUUUUUGUUAAUGUACAGCCAUAAGCUUUUGCGAAAUCACUUUAAACCUUCUGCUUAAGAGGUGUAUGUAUGUACAUGAUUUCUUGCAUUGCAUUGUUAAGUAUACAUAAACUAUUGGCAAAGCCUUAGAAUUAACGUUAACAAUAAAAUGCUUUAUUAUGUGUUUUAAUUAUAUCGGCAACUCCACUCCGUAUAGAGUGGAAUUGUUAAUUUUAUUAAAGAUGAUAUUACUUGGCUUCUCUGAUAUGCACUGUUCAACACCUUUCAUCAUCCAUGUUAGAUUAAAUCUGUGUUCGCAAUAGUACCUAUCUUACUGUUAAUGAGCUGAGAUAUUUAUAGAUGUCAUAAUGUUUAAAACAUUCUCCGUUUUGUCUCCAGUUAAUUAUGUUUUUGGCAAUAGCGAAUUAAAGUCUUUUUAAUCAUAAA